AUGACCGCGCACGCAAAAGGAGUCCAUAGAGUUGCGGGUGCGACGGAGACCUGUACGAUCGCGCGUGUAGGAGAGACCUGUAUAGCCGCACGCACAAAGGAGUUUUUGCGAUCGCGGGUGGAAGACCAGUGUGAUCGCGUGUGCAAGGGAGACUUGUGUGGUCGCGGUCCUAGGUGCAAGGAAGACCAGUAUGGUCAUGCAAAUGGUAUACGGGUUGGUUGUAAGGUUGUACGAGUGGGGCUUGUAGGAUUGCUCGUGCAUGCAGAACCUGGACGGUCGCGCGUACCAUUAAGAUCUCUAUGGUGCAAUCAGCGUAAGUAA